AAAAAAAAGCCUCCAUUUACAAAGAAAUUAUUAUUAGACGCAAAAACGCUCCACUCUCUCCAACUACUGCGCUUCGUCUUCUUCUUCCUCGGAGAUGCUUCGCUCACCGCUCCGUCGUGCAUAUAGGGUCCGCCCAUGGCAAUCUCCCGCCGCCGCCGCCCUCGCCGUGCUCCGCCUCUCCACCGCCGCCGAGGCAUCCCCGAUCCGCAAAUCCCCACCUGCUAGGGUUCGGAAUCUCAUCGGAGGUGAGUUCGUGGAGUCCCAAUCGGAAGAGUCGAUCGACGUGAUAAACCCUGCCACUCAGGAGGUUGUUUCUAGGGUUCCCUUAACUACGAAGGAGGAGUUUAAGGCCGCUGUCGAUGCGGCAAAGGGUGCUUUUCCUCAGUGGAGGAACACUCCUGUUACUACGCGGCAGCGGGUCAUGUUCAAACUCCAAGAGCUCAUUCGGAGGGACAUGGAUAAGCUUGCCUUGAAUAUUACCACAGAACAGGGGAAGACUCUUAAGGAUGCUCAGGGCGAUGUUUUCCGUGGAUUAGAGGUGGUGGAACAUGCUUGUGGAAUGGCAACUCUACAGAUGGGGGAAUAUGUGACCAAUGUGUCACAUGGGAUCGACACAUAUAGCAUCAGGGAACCACUCGGCGUAUGUGCGGGGAUUUGCCCAUUCAAUUUUCCUGCUAUGAUUCCUCUAUGGAUGUUUCCAAUGGCAGUCACUUGUGGCAAUACUUUUAUUUUAAAGCCAUCAGAAAAAGAUCCAGGUGCUUCAAUGAUGCUUGCUGAGCUAGCACUGGAGGCUGGCUUACCAAAUGGAGUCUUGAAUAUUGUUCAUGGCACCAAUGACACUGUCAAUAAUAUUUGCGAUGAUGAUGACAUUAAGGCUAUAUCAUUUGUUGGUUCAAACACUGCUGGGAUGCACAUUUAUGCUAGAGCAGCAGCUAAGGGGAAACGUGUCCAGUCAAACAUGGGUGCGAAGAACCAUGCAGUUGUCCUUCCUGAUGCUAGUGUUGAUGCUACAUUGAACUGCCUUGUUGCUGCUGGCUUUGGUGCAGCAGGGCAAAGAUGCAUGGCAUUAAGCACUACUGUUUUUGUUGGAGACUCAAAACCAUGGGAGGAUGAAUUAGUAGAACGUGCCAAAUCUUUGAAAGUAAGUGCAGGAGUAGAGCCUGGAACAGACCUCGGUCCGGUGAUCAGUAAGCAGGCGAAGGAUCGUAUUUGCAGAUUGAUUCAAAGUGGCAUUGAGAGUGGUGCUCGAGUUGUGCUUGAUGGAAGGAAUAUUGGGGUUCCCGGUUAUGAGGAUGGCAAUUUUGUUGGUCCAACCAUUUUAGCUGAUGUUACGAGUGACAUGGAGUGCUACAAGGAGGAAAUCUUUGGCCCAGUUCUUCUCUUGAUGAAGGCUGAAAGCUUAGAUGAGGCCAUCAAAGUUGUUAAUAGCAACAAGUAUGGCAAUGGAGCAUCCAUAUUUACCACAUCAGGUGUGUCUGCGAGGAGAUUUCAGAGUGAGAUAGAAGCCGGCCAGGUUGGCAUUAAUGUGCCGAUUCCAGUGCCACUUCCAUUCUUCUCAUUCACCGGCUCCAAGGCCUCUUUUGCUGGAGAUCUGAACUUUUAUGGCAAAGCUGGUGUACAGUUCUACACUCAGAUCAAAACCGUCACACAACAUUGGAAGGACUCUUCGUCGAGCCAGGGAGUAUCACUUGCUAUGCCCACAUCGCAGAAGUCGUAAACAGAGUGUUCCGUGCUUUGAUAUCGUUAGAUGUGGUGCUGUAGUGCUACUCGUGUUCAAUAGGGUCUGUAAAAUAACCGAAUAAGAGAAUGUCGUGAUUAGAAUAAUUUAUCAAUAAGACACACUUUGGGACUGCCACAUUUUCUCUAAAAA